UCCACCCAACAAGAACUCAUCGCUGCUGGUCUCCUUGCGGGUCCGUAUGGCCUGGAAGAGCCCAACGCCAGCAGCAGCCAAAAUUGUCCCAGCAAACACCACAUAAUCCCACACCGAGAAAGUGGCCACUUCGCCUCCCGUACCAACCAUGUUCGUUCCUCCACCUGUUUCUUUGACCUGUCGUGAAGAAGGCUUGGAUUGAGUAGGAUUCCUCUAUUAUGCAAUCCUGCUAAUGUUUAAUGGUCUUUCCCCGUACAGUCUUGUGACACUGUUCCCAAGUCCAGUUGUAUAUAUCCCAAUAACAAAAACACAGUAAAGCAGCAGCAGAGAACAAGUCAUUGGCUUAUUGUUGUCUGUUGUUUCCUAGUUCUCCUACUCAAACUGUCCAUGACACUCUUGAGUCACCUCCAGUGUGCUCCACCCUGAAACGUACAGGAGACUGUAAAAGUUGACGCACUACAGUUAAUAAUCCAUCAAGGACACAUGGCUCUUAAAUUGCCCGUUAUUUUAGUGAUAGUGAAGGGAAAGGGUUAUUGCCUUUGGCCAUGUUGACAUGGUGACGGACAAUACAUGUUUUGUUGUCAAGACAUACUUGUUUGGAAUGAAGUGACACAGGGAGGAAUUUCCAGGCAGCAAAAUCAAUUCUACAGUUAAUAGUGAUAUUUAUUAACAGUUGGCAUCAAUAGAAUUACAUUACUGCUUUCUUCUAGGAUCAGUCAUUCACUACCUCAUGAAUUGUCUUCUGUUUCUCAUCGAUACCCAAGGAUCUUUUACUUGAAUCCUAAUUAGUGCCUACUUUGAAGAUCAAAGCAGGUUAAAUGAGAAAUAGCUCACACUGUUAAUGUUUGUAAAGGUGAGCAGGAAGAACAGUGCACUCUUCCUGUUUUCACUGGACUGCAAUCAUUCUUAUUCCUAGUCACUGAUACACUAGAGACUGACAACGCAUGCCAGAUCAGUACAUUAAGUAGUCAGUGCAUUUGCGCUGUUUGUCUGUAUCUAAAUGCAGAUUUUGCUUUUACUCACCGUGAGAAAAGAUGUGAGUCUCUUAGUCUGGGGACAUGCUGACUGUUGCAGCCUCGUGUCAACGUGCACCAUUUUGUCUUUAAAGAAGUUAAUUUUUAUUCAAAUUGGGGCUAGAUUAGGGUUUAUUUUCUGAAAGGGAGUAAAAUCCAGGUUAAACUGUAACUUGUGCUUCAUAAAAUGACUUUUUUUUUUCCCCCGAGCAGAGACAAAGCCUGUUGGUAUUUUGUGACAUCUAGCGGAGACUGCUUCAGAUCAGACCGAAUCCGUUGCGUCAUUCUCCUUGAUGUUUUGGACUUUGUCCGUGAACAAAAUCAUUAAUUCAUGUCAUUUUACAGAAUGGAGGAAAGGUUUAGCUCUUCCUGUUCGUCACAGAUAGAUGAGAACUGCAAGAUAUGAUAAUGGGGGGGAUUAUAUAAUGUCUGUUCAGCAGGGAUGUUUAGACUCAGAGCAUCAUCAGGGGUGCAGACCACAGCUCUCGUUCAGGUCCAAAAAUCAGUUGGACUCAACAUGGAGACUGCUGUAUUUAACUGCUGGCUCCUUUUCCUGCUCUUCAGCCCAACAGUUCCCAUGUGUUUACCCACAGACUUCACCCUGUAUGUGGAGAAGCCAGAGUGUGACUAUUGUGUGGCCAUCAACACGACCAUCUGCAUGGGAUUUUGCUACUCAAGGGACAGCAACAUGAAGAGCAUACGCUUCCCUAUCCAGAGAGGCUGCACCUAUGACAAGGUGGAAUACCACAGCGCCAUACUGCCAGGCUGUCCCAUCGACUCCAACCCUGUCUUCACCUACCCUGUGGCUCUUAGCUGCCACUGUGGGGCCUGCAGGACUGACAGCGACGAGUGCACACACAGAACCAGUGCGGACAGAGUAAAGUGCAGCAAACCAGUCACACGUAUCUAUCCUUUUCCUGGUCAGAGCAACUACAUGACACCUUUCUGACCCUUUUUAUUUUGUUCUCAAUCUUUCCUUUAUUUGUUAUGAAUGCUGUAUCUACUGCUGUCUGCAAUGUCUCCACGGUUACAUAUUGUACCAACUGGUUUUAUUGUUCCUCUGUUGGCCAGCAUGGCUGUGCGGUUCUCAGUUUACAAAUGGGAUUCACCCUGGUGUGUAUUUCUGAUACAUCACAAUGACAAUGUACCCUCUUGUAAACCCUGGUGUGUGUGUUUGUGUGUACUACUCAAUUAAAGGUGAAGUCUCUAAAUAG